GCGGCGGCUUCCCCUACCUUCCUUCCUUCCUUUUUAUCAUUUCCUUUUCGCUUCGCUUCGCUGCUCUUUGCUGCUGCCGCCACAGUCUCGACACACACAUGCGCCUCCAUCAUUCUCUUUCUCUCUCCCUCUCUCCUGCUGCUGCUGCUGCUGCUGAAAGCCAUUGUUAUUGCUUUUUCUCUUCGUUUCUCUGCUUCAAAGUUUUCUCCUUUUCUCUUCUUCUUCUCGAGAAAAGGCUCCCUCCCUCUCUCUCUCUCUCUGUCUGUGUCCCUCUCUCUAGGGUUCUUCGAGCUGGAUUCUCUAUCCUUCAUCUUGCGCAUCUCCCUGCGCCGCUGGUUCAGCGGCUUCGUCGAUUAGUUUCCCCCGUCCUCUCCCACUCUGUUCCAUCUUCCACCUGAACCCUAGCCUUGGGUCGCCGUUGUCGUGAUUGGUGUUACCGAGAGGGAUUGGUUUCCAAAUUGAUGGCAUUGGGCGAUAUGAUGGCGUCCCGGUUCUCUCAGUCGUCGGUGGCCGUGGGGUCGAAUCACUUGGACCACUACGUCCCUUCCUCCAGCAACGAAGAUGGCGAUUUCGGCACCAGCAACCUUUCCUACUUGCCGCAAAAUGUCGUCUUGUGCGAGCUCCGGCAUGAGGCGUUCGAGGCCUGCGCCCCCUGCGGCCCCUCGGAGAGCGGCUUAGUCUCGAAAUGGCGGCCUAAGGACCGGAUGAAAACGGGAUGUGUAGCUAUUGUCUUAUGUUUAAACAUAAGUGUUGAUCCACCUGAUGUGAUUAAGAUAUCUCCUUGUGCCAGAAUGGAAUGCUGGAUAGAUCCAUUUUCCAUGCAACCUCGAAAAGCUAUUGAAUCAAUUGGAGAAGCUCUGAAAAAACAGUAUGAAAGGUGGCAACCAAAGGCUUCAUAUAAGGAGAAACUUGAUCCCACCGUUGAUGAAGUAAAGAAACUCUGUACAACGUGUCGCAGAUGUGCCAAGUCCGAGAGAGUAUUGUUUCAUUACAAUGGUCAUGGUGUACCAAAACCAACUACGAAUGGUGAAAUCUGGGUCUUUAACAAGAGUUAUACACAGUAUAUUCCCCUGCCGAUCAGUGAACUUGAUUCGUGGUUGAAGACACCAUCGAUAUAUGUCUUCGAUUGCUCUGCUGCUGGUUUGAUAGUCAAUGCAUUUAUAGAGCUUAAUGACUGGGGUGCUGCUAGCUCCAGUGGAUCCACAAGGGAUUGCAUUAUACUGGCGGCCUGUGAAGCGCAUGAGACGCUUCCUCAGAGUGCUGAAUUUCCUGCUGAUGUCUUUACAUCUUGCCUCACCACACCCAUUAAGAUGGCUUUAAGAUGGUUCUAUCAUAGAUCACUUCUACGGGAGUCCCUUGAUUAUUCUCUGAUUGAUAAAAUUCCUGGUCGCCCAAAUGAUCGCAAGACGCCUCUGGGAGAACUGAAUUGGAUUUUUACUGCUGUGACCGACACUAUUGCUUGGAAUGUUCUCCCUCACGAACUGUUUCAAAGAUUGUUCAGACAAGACCUUUUGGUAGCCAGUUUGUUCCGAAAUUUUUUACUUGCUGAAAGAAUUAUGCGUUCAGCAAACUGUUCACCAAUAUCUCACCCAGCAUUGCCACCAACGCAUCAGCAUCAUAUGUGGGAUGCAUGGGACAUGGCUGCUGAAAUCUGCCUAUCACAGCUUCCUUCUUUGGUGGAGGAUUCCGGUGCAGAAUUCCAGCCAAGCCCCUUUUUCACCGAACAGCUAACAGCCUUUGAGGUAUGGCUUGAUCAUGGCUCCGAAAAUAAAAAACCACCAGAGCAGUUGCCUAUUGUUCUUCAGGUUCUGCUCAGCCAGAGUCAUCGAUUUCGUGCACUUGUUCUCCUCGGUAGGUUCCUUGACAUGGGACCUUGGGCUGUGGAUCUGGCCUUGUCAGUUGGAAUAUUUCCAUAUGUCCUUAAGCUGUUGCAGACCACAACUCCAGAACUGCGGCAGAUUCUUGUAUUUAUUUGGACAAAAAUUCUUGCUCUUGACAAGUCAUGUCAGGUGGAUUUAGUAAAGGAUAGAGGGCACACAUACUUCAUCAGGUUCCUCGACAGUAUGGAAGCGUAUCCCGAGCAGCGUGCGAUGGCCGCUUUUGUUUUGGCUGUCAUUGUGGAUGGCCAUCGAAGGGGUCAGGAAGCAUGUAUCGAAGCAGGUCUUGUCCAUGUCUGCUUGAAGCACCUACAGGGUCCAAAUCCAAACGACACGCAGACUGAUCCGUUGUUCCUUCAAUGGCUCUCCCUUUGUCUGGGAAAGGUUUGGGAGGAUUUUACGGAGGCCCAAAUGGCUGGUUUGGUGGCAAAUGCCCCUGCUAUAUUCGAUCCUCUAUUGUCUGAGCCCCAACCUGAGGUCAGGGCUUCUGCUGUUUUUGCACUGGGUACCUUGCUUGAUGUUGGAUUUGACUCAAGUACAGAUAGUGUUAUUGGAGACGAAGAGUAUGAUGAUGAUGAAAAGACUAGGACUGAGAUUAGCAUUGCCAAAAGCCUCUUGAGUGUUGUUGCAGAUGGCAGCCCACUGGUGAGGGCAGAGGUCGCUGUAGCCCUGGGAAGGUUUGCUUUUGGUCACAACAAGCACCUUAAGACCAUUGCUGCUGCCUACUGGAAACCGCAGUCUAAUUCUUUGCUGACUUCUUUACCUUCAUUGGCACAAAUACAAGGCACAGGCAGUGGAGGUACUACCCCAAACCAGCUUGGAAGUAUUGUUUCAUCUCAAAUUGGUCCCAUACUUAGAGUUGGCAAUGAUAAUCCAUCAGUUCGGGAUGGUAGGGUCUCAUCUAGCAACCCUCUUGUUGCAUCUGGAGUUAUGCAUGGAUCUCCAUUAUCAGAUGAUUCAUCUCAGCACUCUGAUUCUGCAAUAGUCAACGAUGGUGUGAGCAAUGGUGUUGUCGACAGUUUCACGCCAAAACCACUUGAUAAUGCUAUGUAUUCCCAGUGCAUAGUGGCUAUGUGCACUUUGGCAAAGGAUCCCUCACCACGGAUAGCAAGUCUUGGCAGACGUGUGCUUUCUGUUAUCGGUAUUGAGCAAGUAGUGACAAAAUCCUUAAAAACCUCUGGCAAUAGUGUGCGGCCUGGUGAAACUGUAGCAGUAACCCCUAGUCUUGCUGGUCUAGCGCGGUCCUCUUCAUGGUUCGAUAUGCAUGCAACAGGUCACUUGCCAUUAACAUUCAGAACUCCUCCUGUUAGCCCUCCUCGGCCAAGUUAUUUAGCUGGAAUAAGAAGAGUUUACUCUUUGGAGUUCAGGCCAUAUAUGAUGAGCACUCCAGAAUCUGGCUUAGCUGAUGCUGUUUUAGCUUCUGGAGGAACUCCAGGAGCUCCAGAGCGCAGUGUCCUUCCACAAUCGACUAUAUAUAAUUGGAGUUGUGGCCACUUCUCCAAGCCAAUUCUUACUGCAGCUGAUGAUUGUGAAGAGAUAUCAGCUAGAAGGGAAGAGAGGGAGAAAUUCGCACUUGAGCACAUCGCUAAAUGCCAACACUCUUCUGUCUGUAAGCUGAAUAACCAAAUUGCUGGCUGGGAUACCAGAUUUGAGACAGGGACGAAAGCAGCGUUGUUGCAACCAUUUUCUCCGGUUGUGAUUGCUGCAGAUGAGAAUGAACGCAUUAGGGUAUGGAACUAUGAUGAUGCCACUCUUCUAAAUGGCUUUGAUAAUCACGACUUCCCGGAUAAGGGAAUAUCUAAGCUGUGCCUUCUGAAUGAGCUCGAUGACAGUUUGCUCCUUGUCGCUUCAUGUGAUGGAAAUAUUCGAAUAUGGAGAGAUUAUGCUUUGAAAGGCAAGCAGAGACUUGUGACAGCAUUCUCUUCAAUUCGAGGACAUAAACCAGGCGUUCGGAGUUUGAAUGCAGUGGUGGACUGGCAACAACAGUCUGGAUAUCUGUAUGCUUCGGGUGAGAUAUCCUCCAUCAUGGUCUGGGAUCUCGAUAAGGAGCAGCUUGUCAAUUCUGUUGUAACUGCUUCAGAGUUUAGCGUCUCUGCACUGUCUGCCUCCCAAGUGCGUGGGGAUCUUCAUGCUGCAGGAUUUGUGGAUGGAUCAGUCAGACUUUAUGACGUACGGGCUCCUGGAAUGCUCGUUACUGCUAUGCGACCGCACACUAAGGAAGUAGAAAGGGUUGUUGGAAUUGGAUUUCAACCGGGACUUGACUCAGCGAAGAUUGUCAGUGCCGCACAGGCUGGAGAGAUUCAGUUCCUUGAUGUCAGAUACCCUGGGGGACCCUACCUAACAAUAAAUGCUCACAGAGGAUGCCUUACUGCUUUAGCUGUCCAUAGGCAUGCUCCAAUCAUUGCCAGUGGCUCAGCUGAACAGCGCAUUAAAGUCUUUAGCCUCGAGGGUCAACCCCUUGGCACUAUUCGUUACUACCCCACUUUCAUGGCCCAGAAAAUCGGUUCAGUUAGCUGCCUGACUUUCCAUCCGUACCAAGUGUUACUCGCUGCUGGUGCUGCUGAUGCUUGCGUAUCAAUAUAUGCCGAUGAAAAUUCACAAGGAAGAUAAAUGCAUGUUCUUUAUCUCUGUUGGGUGGCAUUGAAAGUGCUUGAGUUUGGCGGAUUUGUCACUGAUGCUGCUUCUCUUUCGGUGCAAAUUGAUGAUCAAACAGUCACAUCUCUGUACAGAGAGUCUCCCGGAGGUUCACAGUGAAAAUCCCAGACUUAUCUCGGUUCUCAUGUUAGAUUGGUCGGGGUGUGGAGUUGCGUGCUACGAAUUCUUUAGCCUCAUGGAGUGUCAAAGAUGGUCAGCGUCCUGCAUACGAUAGGGGCUUCGGUGAAUAAUCUGUUAUACCAGUAAAUGCGUGUAAAUAUCCCUCUCUUUCUUUUUCAUCUUCUCCUCCUUCGUGUGUCCAAUUUUUUUUUUUCUCUUGUUUAAUCUGUAAAAGCAAUGAAAUGUGAUGAUUCUAAUUUAGUUGUUGCAAAAUGAAAUGGGUGGUUUGCUCCUAUCAAUUUGGGGCUUUAACUCUCUCAUCUUCCUCCUGUUU